CUUGAUGAGAAACGAAGAGAAGAAGCUCGGCAGCAAGCUGCUUCCUUGUUGAGUUCUAUGAUGCAAGGCGAAUUUGGUGAUACAAUCGAACCGGAAAAGAAAAGGGUUAGGAUGGAAACCGAUGAUGUCAUGGAGCAAGUGAAAGAAACAUUUGAGAAAACAGUUACUGUACAUACUAUUCGUACGGACAAUGAGAAUUGCACCCAUGAGGUAGCUCUACCCCCGGACAUGGAGUUUGAGCCAUUGACCAUAAGAGAUUCCGCUCCGGCAAAAAGCUACCCAUUCCAACUGGAUGCGUUUCAGCGUGAAGCCAUCACUUGCAUAGAAAAUAACCAAUCUGUGCUGGUAUCAGCGCACACAUCCGCUGGUAAAACUGUGGUUGCUUUAUACGCCAUCGCUCAAUGUCUUCGGGACAAACAGCGUAGGAAUUUGGAGACGUUGGUCUAA